UGGGUCAGAAGGAGAUUAAUUACAAAAAGUCAUGUCCGAGAAAAGUUGCUAGGUUUCUGUGUUGUAUAAAGUUGAACGUCAUAUUUAAUUCUAAUUACACUCUGUACAUAGUCAACUUUCCUAAGAUAAUGGCAGAUUCUACUCUUAAUUGGUGUCUCAUCGAAAGUGAUCCUGGCGUAUUUACAGAAUUAAUUAAAGAAUUUGGUGUUCAAGGAGUACAAGUGGAAGAAUUGUGGAGUCUGGACGAAGAUCAGUUUGAAAAUCUAAAACCUGUUCACGGCCUAAUUUUCCUAUUCAAAUGGGUCCAUGACGAUGAACCACUAGGAACGCUCGUGCAGGACAGCCGACUUGAUAAAAUAUUUUUUGCGAAACAGGUUAUAAAUAAUGCUUGUGCAACACAGGCGAUUGUUAGUGUUCUUUUAAAUUGCAAGCAUCAGGAUGUUUCCUUGGGUCCAAAUUUAGAAGAAUUUAAAAAUUUCUGCCAAAGCUUCGAUGCUAAUAUGCGUGGUCUGGCUCUGAGCAACUCGGACGUCAUUCGGCAAGUUCACAACUCUUUUUCGAGACAAACUCUGUUCGAAUUCGACUCAAAAUCGGCAACCAAGGAUGACGACGUGUUUCACUUCGUAAGCUAUUUACCUAUCGAUGGACGCUUGUAUGAAUUAGAUGGAUUAAAAGAAGGUCCCAUGGAUUUGGGUCCUUGUCCAUCCGGUGAUCAGUGGGUGCAAGCUGCCAAACCAAUUAUACAAAAGAGGAUAAACAAAUAUAACGAAGGAGAAAUCCAUUUUAAUUUGAUGGCAAUCGUGUCGGACAGAAAGAUGAUGUAUGAGAGAGAAAAGGCGAAAUCUGGCGAUCCAGCCGAAGUGGCUCGUUUGCAAGAUCUGAUUGAGGAAGAGAUUAGAAAAUCGAAGAGGUAUCAAAUUGAGAAUGUCCGAAGGAAGCACAAUUAUCUUCCGUUGAUCAUUGAGUUGUUGAAUGUUCUUGCGAAAGAAGGCAAACUUGUGCCCCUCUACCAAAAGGCCAAGGAGAGGGCGAUUGAGAAGGAAUCGAAGAAAAAU